CACGCGCCCCCCCGGAGAGCGCUCGUGGAAAUGGAUAAACUUGAUUCCCGUCCGAAACUGGCUAGGGUUAAGAACGUGUUGGGGCGCACUGGUUCGCGAGGUACAGUAACCCAGGUCCGCGUUGAGUUCUUGGACGAUGUAAAUCGUUCAAUUAUUCGCAACGUUAAGGGGCCAGUGCGUGAAGGAGACAUCCUUGUAUUGCUUGAGUCCGAGCGUGAGGCACGUCGUCUUCGGUAAACGGUUUGGGAUUUUGCAAUAAAAGUCACGAAAGGGA